AUUUUGAUGAGCAAUCAAGCAAGCAACCCUUGGGAAGGAAUCGACAAGCGACAAGCCUGCCACUGUCGAGCGCGAGGCCAUCACCGACACCGACGCCGACACCGACGCCGACACCGUGACCGCAGCAUCCAGAGCCUCAUUGACAUUGCCCGCCAUGGCUGCCCCGGCAGCAUCGUUGCACCGCAUGCGUGCGCCUCUCCAACGGGCCCUGAGGGCCUCCCUCACAUCAUCGCGAGCCUACGCCACCACCGUGUCGACACCCUCAGCAACAAAUGCCCAGUCCUCACCGUCGUCUUCGUCGUCUUCGUCGUCCUCGGCACCUUCAGGCACCGCACAGCAACCCAACGUCACAAUCCUCUCGGCCGACGGCAAGCCGCGGCGGCCAACAUACUUCAAGGACACCACGAUAGCCUCGUUUGGGGACUUUGUCGGCGCGCAGCAGGACGUGCCGCUGGCCGCAACCGAGGCGUACGAGCUCAAGACAGUAGAGGUCGGCCCGGCCUCGAACCGGCGGACGGUCACGCGGCUCCCGCCAUGGCUCAAGACGCCCAUCCCGGCGGGCAACGACAACUACAAGCAGAUCAAGAAGGACCUGCGCGGUCUGGGCCUGCACACGGUCUGCGAGGAGGCGCGGUGCCCCAACAUCUCCGAGUGCUGGGGCGGCAGCAACAAGAACGCCGCCACGGCGACCAUCAUGCUCAUGGGCGACACGUGCACGCGCGGCUGCCGCUUCUGCAGCGUCAAGACGAACCGCAAGCCCCCGCCCCUCGACGUCCACGAGCCCGAGAACACGGCCGAGGCGCUCGCCCGCUGGGGGCUCGGCUACGUCGUCCUCACCAGCGUCGACCGCGACGACCUCGUCGACGGCGGCGCCCACCACUUCGCCGAGACGAUCCGCCGCAUCAAGUCCAAGAAGCCCGGCAUGCUCGUCGAGGCUCUGACCGGAGACUUCCGCGGCGACCUGGACAUGGUAGAGAUUGUCGCCAAGAGCGGCCUCGACGUGUACGCGCACAAUGUCGAGACCGUCGAGGAGCUCACCCCUUACGUCCGUGACCGCCGGGCCACGUUCCGCCAGAGCCUGGCUGUCCUCGAGCAUGUCAAGAAGGUGCGCGGCGCCGAGGGCAUCAUCACCAAGACGAGUCUGAUGCUGGGCCUGGGCGAGAAAGACCACGAGAUCGAGGCGGCGCUGCGGGAGCUGAGGGCUGUCGACGUUGACGUGGUCACGUUCGGCCAGUACAUGCGCCCCACCAAGCGCCACCUCAAGGUCGAAAAGUACGUCACGCCGGACGAGUUUGAGAAGUGGCGCAAGCGCGCCAUGGAGAUGGGCUUCCUGUACGUUGCCAGCGGACCCUUGGUGCGGAGCAGCUACAAGGCGGGCGAGGCGUUCAUCGAGAACGUCUUGCGGAAGCGUGCCGGCGAGAAGAUGCCGGUCGCGGGCACCGACGUAAAGCUCAAUGACGCCGCGGCUGUAGAGGAGAUUAUGAAGAGCGAGUCGGCGUAAGCUCUCGCUGUGAUGGCGGGGUUUCCUCCCCGUUAGAAUGGUUGAUCAUCCCCCUUGACAAGGAAUGGAUGACGUCGACUUGUAACCAUAUUCAACCAGGGCAUAUCAUUUUUCAACCAACACGACUCGGCGUUAUGCUUUUCGCAACUGGGAUCAUUUCACAAGAUAACGAAGACGGUGGCCAAGGUCGGAUUGGCUGCCGACGGGGAAACGGGCAGAAGGAGAGGGGUUCAGGCUAACAGGUGGUCCAUGGGGGUGUUUAUAGAGCAUCACAAGUACAAUAUCUUCAACAAGAUAUUCCGGAUCACAUUCCAAUGCAUUCCCGAUACUUCCAU